AUGGAUCCUGCUGCAAUGCAGGCCACUGCUACCAGCAGCACAUCGUCAGAUGUGCCCAUACAGCGACAGCGUCCGGCGGCUCAGAAGAGUGCUUGCCUAGGCUGUCGCGACACAAAGCAGAAGUGCAGCCGCGGCCGGCCGUGGUGUAAAGUGCGCGGUGUGGCUCCCAAGGGCUGUCAUGCAAAUAUCCAAUCAUGUCCAAGCGGGGGAGAAAACCGGGAAGUACAAAGGCAUCAUCGGGUGGACGAGAUUCAACAAGAGGAGUCAUUACUCCAUGCUGCAAUCCAGGACGAGGCUUCUCAUGAACCACCCAGUGUCGAACCAAGCAAUACUUCGUAUCAUGAAGAACCUAUUAACGCCGUACAUGACCGGAUCUACGCUCCACUUCAGAUCGUUGCUGCUACCGUUGAUUGUAGUGACGUGACACAAUGGCCGCAUACCAUUGGAAGCGGAAUGGAAGCAACCAAUCAACGCUCUGAUUUCUCAAGUAGAGGAAGAGUACCUCACGCUGGCGGCUUUUCUAAAUUUCGUGGCCGGAAUAGGUUUUCUUCUUACUUCCAAACUUCCGUAGCUAUCUGUUCGGACUGGGAAGAGCUGGCUUCGCAAGCACCCGAAGGUACCUUGCAAAUACGUCCGUCGAUCCACGAUCCUCUCGCCUCCCGUUUGUUGGACGACAAUGAUGUUGCACAUGCUUUUGAACUAUUUUUCAGGUUGCGCAAUCCAUUUGUGGGCUUGUUGGAUCCCGCGCUACAUACGCCGCAAUACGUUUAUUCAGCAUCGUUCACGCUUUUUUCCGUCAUCUGCGCCUUGGGAUGCGCUUUAUCGACUGAGCCAAGGAACCGCCUUCUCUACCCCACUCUUACAGCAGUGGCCGAUGCUAAUAUUCGAUGGUCAAUGGCAAUGUCGGUCAAGUCCGUCGAGACUGUGCAAGCUCUGCUACUCUUUGCAUACUGGGGACCCGCUCAUGAAAAGCAGAGAGACGAUCCAUACUGGCUGCGAUUGAGCCACGCCAUUCAGCUGGCGAGGGAACUUGAUAUUGGUCGAAGCCAAGUUGUCCAAGAAAGGGCAACGCUGUACGAAGCCAUGAGUCAAGAACUCAGAGAACGCUUUAUGCGUAAUAUGGAAAGGACAUGGCUGUAUGUUUUCAUAGCGGACAAGAGCUUCGGCAUCACCACAGGGCGAGCAAUGUGCUUCUCAUGGAAAGAGAUACCGUCAGAUGCGUCGACCUGGUGGCAGAAGCCCAGUGCAGCUCCACACGACCGUAUGAUAUGUGGAAUAGUUGAGAUGAGGGUGACUGUGGUGAAAGCUCUUGAGUGUCGAAAACAUGGCAACAAAGAUCGAAUUGAAAUCACAAGGUGGCAACGAGAUGCUUUCAAGACCCUCAGUAACAUACGAAAGCAAAGAUGCGAGGGCCAUGAAUGCUCUCCUACCCUCGCUCUUCCUGUUCUAGCUUUCUACAUUGAUUAUGCCCUUCUACUCGUCAAUACCCACGCCGCAGGUGAUCUCAUAAGUCUCGGCUUGGACGAAAUUCUACCGGAUGUCAGUUCAAUAAGUCAGCAGAGUGCUGACAUUGCGAUGCGUCUCAUAGACCUGAUACUGUCGAAUCUGACGCUUGUGGAACUCAAGUCUGGCUUCCACAAUUGCCAAUUGGUCAUGAUGUGCCAUGCGGUUACUGAGAUUCUUAAUACAGUCAGGCGCGGUGCUCGUCCAGAUCUCAUUCAGACUGCGAGCGUUAAAGUUCGCGCGCUCUCGAACCACCUCCAGAAUGUCGCUUCAACGCUACCAAUAUCAUCAUGGGCUCAAAUAUACGCCGAUAUCGCUCAAGUCCUUGUUCAAAAACUCGAUACCAUGGCAGCAAAGCAUCUGGAAACGUUCCCAGAAAAUGGCUGGGUCAAUUUUGUUCCGGACGAUACUCUUUGCACAGAUUGGUGGAGCUCCGUUGGAGGUGGUCAUACCGACCUUAUGGAUUGGGUCGAUCUAGAAGGAAUCGGGGGCAUGGAGGAUGCAAUGGUCUAG